GCAUCACCAACCAGGCACCUACCUACCUUUCUGGUGGUUUAUAAUGUGUCGUGCCUCCGGCGCCAUUUGUGUUUCCUCCAAACAUAACUUUGUUCUUGUCCUUCAUUGGUGUAACCCAGGAUGUUUGUGCCGCGGGAAUAAUGCUGCAGACCUGACGUCUAGGCAUAUGGUGUGUAGACUUUCUUAUGCACCUUUGUUCCCGUCUUCCCCAGAACAGUAUGCCUGAUCAGCUGCGAUUCGAUGGACAGGUGGCAGUAGUCACAGGGGCAGGAGGAGGUCUUGGCCGCGAGUAUGCCCUGCUGCUGGGAGAGCGCGGUGCCGCCGUCGUGGUCAAUGACCUGGGCUCCAGCCGCGACGGUCAGGGCCAGAGCUCCAAGACGGCCGACAGCGUGGUGCAGGAGAUCCGCGACAAGGGAGGCAAGGCGGCGGCCAAUUAUGAUUCGGUUGAAGAAGGCCACAAGAUCAUAGAGACGGCCAUCAAGGAGUUCGGUAGGAUUGACAUCCUCAUUAACAAUGCUGGUUUUCUACGCGACAGGAGCUUCAUGAAGAUGGAGGAUAUCGACUGGGACCUGAUCCACCGCGUGCACUUGCGGGGCGCGUUCAUUACCACGCGGGCAGCGUGGCCCCACUUCCGGCGGCAGAAGUACGGUCGCAUCGUGCUCACCUCGUCCGCCGCCGGCCUGUUCGGCAACUUCGGCCAAGCCAACUACAGCGCCGCUAAGAUGGGCCUGGUCGGUCUGGGCCAGACGUUGGCCGUCGAGGGCCAGAAGCACAACAUCGUUACGAACGUGCUGGUGCCGGCGGCAGCCUCGCGCCUCACCGAGUCGGUGUUCCCGGCCGAGUUCCAGCGGCUGCUGCGGCCGGCCCUGGUGGCGCCGGUGGUGGCGCUGCUCUGCCACGCGGACUGCCCGGCCAGCGGCGCCGUGGCGCCGGCCGGCGUUGACGUGGCGCGUGCGCUGCGGACGCGUCUGCCGCCGGCGCGCUACCAGUACCAGCCGCGCGACGCCAUCCUGUACGCACUGAGCAUCGGCGUCUCCCUGUCCGAGCCGCACGGUCUGCGCUACCUGUACGAGGCGCACGACAGCUACGCCGUGCAUCCCAUGUUCCCGGCGCUGUUCGUCAACGCCGUGGACUUCACGCGGCUCGCUUCGCUGCCCGGCUUCCCGAUGGACCUGUCUCAGCUUCUUCAUGGAGAGCAGUACAUGGAAUUGAAGAAGCCGUUGCCGUCCUCCGCCACUCUGGACGUAGACUUCAAGAUCUCGGACAUUAUCGACAAGGGCGACAAGGGCGCGUUGGUGCUGCUGGACGUGCGGGCCUCGGACGAGGUCGGCGACGAGGUGGCCUACGUCCAGGUGACCAUCUUCCUGCGCGGCGCCGGCGGCUUCGGCGGCCACGCCAGGUCGGAGCACACCACCGCGUGCGCCAUCGUCCCGGACCGGGCGCCCGACGCCACGCUGCCGUACAGCACCUGCACGGACCAGGCAGCUCUGUACCGGCUCUGCGGCGACCGGAACCCGCUGCACAUUGACCCGGACUUCGCAGCACUGGGCGGCCAGGAACGGCCGAUUCUGCACGGCCUGUGCGGUCUGGGCGUCUCGGUGCACGCCAUACUGGCCCGGUACGCGUCGGAUCAGCCCGAGGCUCUCGUCAAGGUCAAGGCGCGCUUCGCCCGUCCCGUGCUGCCAGGCCAGACCCUGCUGGUGGACACGUGGCGCGAGCCGGGCGCCGACCGGAUUGUCUUCCAGACGCGCGUCAAGGAGACGGGCCGGGUGGCCUUGUCGGGGGGUUACGUGGAGCUGCGCGCCACGGAGCCUGCCGCUGGAGCCGCCGGAGCCAGCCUGCAGCAGCUGGUGGCGCAGCGACCCGGCCUGGCCGACUCGGUGCGCGGCCUGGUCCAGUUCAACGUCACGCAGCGCGGCCGGCCGGCCGCCGGCUGGGUGCUGGACCUGACCUCAGCGCCGGGCCGGGUUAGCCGCGGCACGGCCGCCGCUCCGGUCGUGACCGUGACCGCUGACGACGCCCACCUGGUGGAGCUGUUUUCCGGACGACUGGAGCCCUCCACUGCCCUGGCCCAGGGCAAGCUCAAGGUUGCCGGCAACCCGGCCCUGCUGGGAGCGUUGAGGGGUCUGUUCGGAACCGGCUCACGGGUGUAGCAGCCGCUGCUUCCCACCGGUCACGUGAAGCAACCCAGGCUGGCUGCGGUUGGUCACAUGGCGCCGGCCAGCGAACGACCCGGCCGUGAGGUUCGAUACAGUGUGGGGCUGUCAUGAAAUGCCGGAGUAUGUUAUGCAGGAAGAGACGUUUAUCCGGUUGAUUGUUGGAGCACGCGCAUGCUAGGGAUUCUAGUGGUCGCCGGUCACUUCUGGUUGUCUUGUUAUCAUGAGCGGCAAUAUUUGAUUGGUAUCGCAGUGUUGUAUGUCGGUGGCUUCCCCGCAAGUACCUGCACAGAACCUGAUGACAGGCCGGUGCCCCUGUUCAGUAGUCACUGCUGAACAGGGUAUCCACCAAUGCUUGCGUGCACUACCGAGAUCAUUUGCCGCCAUAUUGUAAACGACGUGGAAUGCGACGUGGGAGGGUAUGCGUAUGGGAUACAGCUCGUGAAAUAUAUAUCUG